AUGACCUCCAUCGCUCACCGUCCUGCGCCAUGCGACGCGCUGCGGGGUAUCGUUGAUGAUAUUUCCCAGCAACGGUUUUCUAUGAGGCUCCCGCCCGAAAUAUUAGGUCACAUAUUUUCCCUGGUCCCCAGCAGCCUUCCAACCCAUGGGUUCAUGGCGCCGUCUUCUGCACGACACACGUAUGACCUCCCCCCGCUAACACAAGUCUGUCGUCGUUGGCGGGCGAUCGCGCUCGAUGCGUCCUCUCUCUGGUCGACUAUAUGCGAGUCGUCUCCAACACAUACAGCGACGGAUGGCACGCACGCCAGCGCCGUUCUUUCCAAUGUUCUCGCCCACGACGCGGACGACAUCGCGGAACUACGGCUAUGCGGCCUGCAGAACGUCCCUACUGCCCGAUUGGCGUCCGAGUUCCUCGCUUCUCCCGCGCCGAAGCUCAAGCACGCUGCGAUUCGGUGCCGGGCGAGGUAUAGCGGCUCAGAAGCUCCUGCUGUCCUCACGCCUGUCGCCGAACUCUGGAGCGGGAUGGCUCCGAAACUCGAAACGCUGGAGCUGCAUGACGUCCCCUUCAUACCCUCAAAUUCCUUCCAGUCUCUCACUGUGCUCACGCUCUUCUGGGAAACUACAUCCGUCGAGUGGGCGCUGUCUGACCUACUCGCGCUGCUAGAAGGAGCACCGUUGUUAGAGCGCAUAUCCUUGCGCGGACUUCCUUCCGACCUUCACCUCCGUAAUUCUCAUCCACCCGACACUCCCGCGUCGAUCGCCCUCCCCCGUCUGCAGACCCUAGAGAUCGGCGACUGCCGCGGCCCAGUUUGUUCGGUUCCCCUCCUCCGCCUUAUCCUCACGCACCUCGCGGUACCAGUUGGGGCAUCCAUACGCCUAUACGGGCUGGACGCGCGCAGGCUAUUGGACCAGCUCGACUUCGCGCCCGCGAUCUUCCAUGCGGACGACAUGCGAACGCGGCUUACCAUCGACAUGUCGUUCACCAUGCUGACGCUGUCCCUAUCCGAUUUGGGCUCAACAUCCUCCUUCUGCGUAGAGCUCGGAACGGGCGGCGCGACCAAGGCGGCGCUCGCGCAGGCAGUUACGGCCUUUGCACAGGGAUCCGUCGCGCCAUCCGUGCGCGAGCUCGUCGUACGCAGUCAACGGGCGUGGGCAUCGUGGUGCGAACCUGCGCUACUGCUCGCCCUCUUUCCACGAGUCGGCAUACUGGAGCUGCAAGAUACCCACCUCGCCUCGAGCGUCGUGGACGCCCUACGGCCGUCCAUGGUGGAAGGAGCGGUGGGCGACGUUCUGUGUCCUGAACUGGCGACCAUCCAUUUUCCGUCUCUCGGCCCCGAACUUGUGCAGCAGCUCAACUUCGUAUCGAGGGAUCGGGCGUCAUGCGGAGCUCCCGCACUGCAUAUACCAGCCGGCCAUCAAGAGCCCCAAGCCUUAGUCGAUGUCGUAGGCGACCUCUGAGACUUCCGCUGGAAGUCAUAUCCGCCAGCGUACACUUCCAUCCUCUAUAUCUUCGCCAUAAUGUUCAUUACCGCGUCGCGCAACUUCUGAUGCUGCGGGACACAAUAGUAAA